AGUUCCGUAGCCAUUUUGGCUCACGAGUGGCCCUGUGCUCAGCGGAGGGUGCCCGCGGCGCGCACGCGCCACGCGGGGGUCGCCGCGCCCGCCAGACACACAUGGGGUGCUUCCGCCCGGCGCUGGAGGCCACCCCGCGCGCGGCCUGCGGCCACCAGCCCCGCCGGGGCAGGCUGCCCCCCUGGCGCUGGGGCACGGCCGGGGACUUCCACCAGAGGUACAGCCUCGGCCAGACCCUCGGGAGGGGCUCCUGGGGACAGGUGCUGGCCGCCCGCAGCGGCAACCACCGGCGCACCGCGGUGAAGAUCAUCCCCCUGUGCCUGGAGAGCUACCAGCAAAAGGCGAGGAGGCAGAUCCAAGACGAGGUGCGCAUCUGGGCGCGGAUUGGAAGGCAUCCACACUGUGUCGAACUCUACGAGGUCUAUGCGGACUACAGGCUGGUAUACAUGGUCAUGGAAUGCUGCGAGGCGGCCCUCGUGCACAGGCUCACCCACAUGCAAUACAUGGGCGAGUGCGAGAUCGCCCGCGUCUUCCUGGAGAUGGCACUCGCCGUGCAGCACCUACACAGUCUACGGAUCGUGCACCGCGAUAUCAAGAGCGACAACUACCUGUUUGCGACCGGAGGCACCGUGAAGCUCUGCGACUUCGGCUUCGCCGCCCAGCUGCCCUGGAGCGGGCGGCUCCUCUACGGGUGCUAUGGCACGGCGCCUUACAUGUCGCCGGAGAUGGUGCGCAACGAGGGUCACUCCCUGAGCACAGACAUGUGGUCGCUCGGGGCGACGGCGUACGUCCUGCUGUACGGGGACUUCCCGUACCAGCCUGCCAUUCUGAGUACUUGCGAGAUGAUGGCGGUCAUCAGCACCGGCUACCCCCGUCCGCUGUACCAGCGGAGGAACUCAGAGGUGGGGGGCCCGUCGGCGGCCGCCGCGGGCUUCGUCGGCAGCCUCCUGGCGCGCAGGGCGAGCGGCCGGCCGUCCGUGGCGGAGGCCCUGUCGCACCCCUUCCUGCAGCCAAGGCCGGCCACGCCGGCCGCCACGAGCAGGGAGCCCUCCCUGGUGCCAGUGAUCCACCGCGCCCGCAUGACGACGCGGCAUUUCGAGGCCCAGGCGGCCAAGUGCACCGUGGACCGCAGCCUGGACGAGCUGCUGCAGCGGCUGCAGCGGCAGGGCUUCUGGCGCGGCCUGCAGGGCUCCCGGUCAUUCUCCGACUCGAACUUGGUCGACGAGGCGCAGGAGGAAUCCGGCGACGAGGAAGGCAACCGGCACGUCCGCGACCAGCAGCCCCAGCAGUUGUUCCGCAAGAGAUCCUACGAGUCCGCGGCCUCGCUCUCGACGGCGUUCACAGUCCACUCCGCCCAGAGCCUCCCGAGCUUCGGCACCCGCAACCUCGAAGAGCUGUUCUUCGACGCGUGAGCGCUAGAAAGCGAAGCCGGAGAUGAACAAUGAUCGUGAGCAUGUCAUUUUUGUGAGAACGACGAGAGGGAGUUGGAAAGGGCCACAAGGGCCACCGCUGUACAACUUGCCACAAGCCGCAAGUUGCUAUUGCCAGAGGCCGCAAGCUGCCACUUCCGAGGGCCAGCAGAGCUGCAACUUGUCACAAGCUGCAAGUUGUUCUCACCAGCGCUUAAUGUUGCACGACUUGCAAUGUUGCCUGCAACGAGCCGUUCGGUUUGACGCAAACGUGCUGCCAAUUACAGGGCCAUGCUGCUACAGAACAUGUAGUGUUGCAAGACAUGCGGCGCUUGGCGACAGAAACCAUAAUCCAGCUGGCAACCCUCCAGUGGCGACAGGGGAGGUCACAGUACCCCCAAGACAGAGUACUCGCGCGAGUCUUGUGCGGAGGCCUUGUGCAGGGGGCCUUGUGCGCCUUGUGCGGGGCUCUUAUGUUUGCUCUUGGGCUCGGACUAUGGCUGACCAAGCGCUGCUCGGUACAAGACCUUUUGUGCGCCUUGUGCGCCCGCACUCUUCGCUCCAGAACUCUUCCUAUUAAAGAAGUGCGCUGGGAUCUGGAGUCGCCGAACCUUCGGCAGUCAUGCGCGCACGCCUGCAUAGGCCAUCCAACUCAGCAGGCGCCCGCGCCGCGAGCCGCGAGCCGCCCUCCUAGCGCCAAGGGGGGACAGAAGCGCCUCACCUCGAUGCCCGCUGCGCGGGCGGCCCUCGUGAGAGCGUCGGCCACGCGCAGAGGAGAGCGGGGGGAUGCGCGCCGCCAGCUCGUGGGAGCAAGAGGCCGCGCCCCGGGCGCCUCUCGGCUCGGGCCUCGCGACAGAACCCAACAUCUGCGACGUAGUUACGGCACUCUGGGCGCAAUCAAGCUUCACAGGGAAGGGUUGCGCGUCGUCUCGUGCUACCAGCGCGGCGUAGAUAAUGCAAGAGGACCUCGACGUUAUGCAUUCAGCUCCCGUGCAAGUCUGGGUCAACGCCCGACGGGGAAGCACCUGCCUCUCUCAGUUGCGCGCUUUGCCAGCAACUGUUGCGCCUAUGCCCGCAGUUAAGUUUUUUGUACGCGCUUUUGGAGCCUUUGGCGGCCUGGGAUGCCGGCCACGAAGGCACGAAGGCGGGCCACUCUUGGUUUCGGGAGAGAAAUGUGCUAUCACUUCGCGUAUGUGUGUGUGCGGGUGUGUUGCUCUUGCGCGCGUGCUUGUAAAUGUCGGUGUCCGCGCAACGUCCCUGGUCAUCCACGCACGGUUAGUUCAGUAUGCUCAACGCGUUCUUGCCACCAGAGGCUGUUCAGCAUCAUUAGAUGAUUGAGAGGACCCGCCCAACAUGUCCAAACAUUUCUCGUCCUGAUUGGGUUGAGGGGCGCAUGAUUGAGCCACAGACAGAGGUAACAGGACAACGUGACUCAACGAAGUUGCUCGCCGUUCGCAUCCUGAACGUUGUAUCUGCCACCGUGCAGCUGGUGCUAAACAUACUUAGUCGAAGUUCGAGAGGUGGGUCGCAGUGUUUCCUGACGAUCUUCAUAGCUCAUUGGCGAGGCAGCAAGUUAUCUGGAUCCGCACGCAUCCUCACUACACAACAAGUCUCAGAGUUUUUCCAAACGCGAGAAGCAACUACGAAUCUUCUCAGCAUUGAAAUUCGCGAGACUCGAUUUGCUUGUGCCAUACGAGCAGGUUUUCUUGUCGCGCUGUGCCUAUGUCUUUUACGGGACGGCACGCUCUGACGACGUGCUAUGGCUGAGCGCAGGUACUUCUGGUGCUCGCACGAUUCUGCUACCGUGAUGUCUCCUGUGCGCAUGUAAAUCGUCGCACCAUGUGUUCCUUGUGUUUGGUCUGCUCAUAGGCCGACCUCGGGGUUGUUUUGUCCGGAUGUUUGAAUGGGC